CCAAUGCCAAUUUUGGGCCCAUCUCCCCAUCUCAUGUUUUGUCAGCCAAUCAUAAUUCAGCUAAUCUUAUCUAAAACCACGACUUUCCCCUCGAUAUGGUAUUGUCUGUUGUUCCAUCUCUUUCUAUCCGCAGAAUCCUGCACGAUCAAACUCACAGGUAAUCCCAGUUUCUUUGCUACGUUUUAGUUCUCGUAAGUACCUUUGAGGUUCUUGUUAAGCGAAGCUUCUUGAUCGCAAGCUUGGUUGACAUGGCAACAACUUCAGCUGUCCUUGCUCCGGCAACCGCCAGUGGCGGAGUCGUGAGCUGCGUCAGCAACAAAACCAAACAGACAACACCCAAAGUGGUGUACAUUGGAGGAAUGAGUUCCUAUGGAGGUCUGAAAGCACACAACAACAACAACGUGGUUUCCCUCGGCCUGCCACGGUGCACUGAGCAGUGCUUUGCUAAUGUUAUCAGCUCCUUGAAGAAGGCGCAUGGCGAAGGAAGAACAGGUGGGGGAGCGUUGUCCUCUACGUGCAACGAAGCGGCUGAGAUUUUCAAGAUCGCAGCUAUCAUGAACGGGCUUGUUCUGAUCGGGGUUGCAGUUGGCUUUGUUCUUUUGCGUAUUGAAGCAUCCCUAGAGGAAUCUGACCAGUGAAACAACUUCUGUUCCAAGGACUUUUGUCUUUGCCUGCAAUGUUGGUGUGAAUUCUUCUCGGUAGUAUGAUCAGAGAACAUGGUAGGGAUCAUCUGAAGCUUUUAAUAACUUGCAAUAGAGUUAAUCAAAUGCCUAAAUAGAAGCAUUUUCUUCACAAGCA